AUGAUGGAUAAUACACAGACAGGAGUACAAGAUUCGACUGCGGAUAAUAACUCAUCAACCAACGCAAAUAAGGACGUGUCUAUGGUUGACGUAAGUAGAGUCCAUGGAGAAGGUCAACCCAUAAAUAAUGACACCAAUACCACAGUUGAACCACAGCCAGUAAGAAGAAAGUCAACCUUGAUUCUAACAGAUGAUGCUGACCCGGACCAAAUGAAUAUAGACAAGAAAGAGACAGAUCAAGGCGGUGAUGAACAAGAGGAAGAUAGGAUGCAUGUUGAUAGUUCGUCUUCGAACCUACAAGAAAACAAUCAAGGGGUGCUGGAGAGGCACCCAUCACAACCACAACCACAACCACAGGAUCAGAAUGCUCCAUCACAACAACAACAGCAACAACAACCAUCUCAGUCUUUAGCCCCACCACAUUCAGAGAAAGCAAUCACAGUACCGGUGGAUAUUCAGUGGGUGCAACGUGGUGAAAAAGUUUAUGUCACUGGUUCAUUCACUGGGUGGAGGAAAAUGAUUGGGUUGGUGAAACAACCGGAUGGAAAUUUCGUGAUAACUUUGGGAUUACCAGUGGGUACUCAUAGAUUUAGAUUUGUUGUUGAUAAUGAAUUACGAUUUUCUGAUUUUUUACCUACAGCCACUGAUCAAAUGGGAAAUUUUGUCAAUUAUAUUGAAAUCACCCCAGAAAAUGUUCAACAACAUUUGGAUGAACAAUAUGGAAUACAGGAAGAUCAUCCAACACUACCACAACAACCGCAGCAACAACCACAACCCCAACAAUCACCACAGCAACAGCAAGUGCAACCGGAAAGACGGAGAUCAGUGUCAUCAUCUAUAUCCAGUCGAAGAUCAUCAACGUCACGUUCAAGAACAGAUUCAAUGUGGCGUCUCACCAAUGAUGAUGAUGAUAUGGGUAAUGGGUACUCAAGAUAUCAUGAUAAUGAAGAAGACGAUGGCAUUGAAAGAAAAUUUGAAUAUAUAAAUGAUAUUCCACCAAUCUUUACUGAUCCAAAAGUAAUGGAACAAUAUUAUGUUGCUAUAGAAAAACAAUCAAGAUCCAAUAGUGGUCAACAACAAGCAUGGUUACACCCUCCACAAUUGCCACCUCAUUUGGAGAGUGUUAUAUUGAACAAUUUCAAUAGUAAUGAUAAUAAUUCAGGUGCACUCCCCAUUCCCAACCAUGUUGUAUUGAAUCAUUUGGCUACAACAUCUAUCAAGCAUAAUACAUUGGCAGUAGCUUCAAUUGUGCGAUACAAGAGGAAAUAUGUAACACAAGUUUUGUAUGCUCCUUUAUAA